AUGGUGUUUGUCACCCAGCUGGGCCAGGGCUCCUCCACAGCCCGGCCAGGGCUGGCAGCGGAGGUCCCGGACCCAUGCCUGCGCACCCCACUGCACACCCGCUUCAGCCUGGACGGCGGACGAUCCCGGGAGCUGAGCAGGUUUUACCGGCUGACCCAGCAGCACCGUGAGUUUUACCGGGACAAGAGCGGGAUGCUGCACCUUCUUCCCUACUUUGUGCUGCCUUCAAAGGAAAAGGAGGGAUAUCCUCAUCCCCUUGACCUACUUCGGGUGCACGUGGGGGACUCCGGAGCAGGCAGAGCCAGCGGGAGCUCGGGAAUUGGGAGCCCCGAGGUCGCAUCAGCCCAGUGCAAGAAGAGCCGCUGGCAUUUGCCACCAGUGUCACCGGUGAACGUGCCGACCUACCAGACCUUCCCCUCGGGGAAGAUGGUCACCUCCCAGGAGAGAGAGAUCCGAGACAGCUUUUUCGAGUACUGA